GCCAAGAGGUGACCAGGAAGACUGGGCUGGGCUGAGUGGCUGGGCCAAACACGUGACGUUCCCAGCUUGCCUCCUGGGCCUCUGGGCGCUUGCGACUGAAAUCGACAUUUGCCUCUGGCAGGAAAAUGCACUUGCUGGUUUCCGCCUGCAUCAGACCCUCAAUCCAAAGGCUCUGGGAGCGCGGUAGCGUUUGAAGUUGCUAUUUUAGGAAUCUGACAGUGAAAGGCCUGGCACGCUGAUCACGAGCAAAAGGACCUGAAGGGAGGUCAGAGUGAGGUUUCCGGCCACUCGCCACUCACCUCCUGAGCCGCUCAGGGUCUUUCCCCUCCACAGACCUCCUGCCUCGCUCCCAAAGCGUCACGUGGAAGUUUGGAGCCCGCCUCCCGGUGACGUCACGGCGCUCGCAGCCAUCGCGCCGGAGAAAGGAUGCUCUAGGAUGCUGUCCAGGUGGGCGGCCGCGCUGCGCGAUGCGGCACUGCAGGUGUAAGUAGCAUGGUCCAUGCAGGAGUGAUGAGCGGCUCUGGGAACCUGAUGGAUUUCCUUGACGAGCCAUUCCCUGAUGUGGGGACUUACGAGGACUUCCAUACCAUUGACUGGCUGAGGGAGAAGUCACGGGACACUGACAGACACAGAAAGAUAACCAGCAAAAGCAAGGAGUCCGUCUGGGAGUUCAUCAAGAGUCUGCUGGAUGCGUGGUCGGGAUGGGUCGUCAUGCUGCUUAUUGGGCUGCUGGCAGGCACCUUGGCUGGUGUCAUCGAUCUUGCUGUCGACUGGAUGACCGAUCUGAAGGAGGGUGUCUGCCUGUCUGCCUUCUGGUAUAGCCAUGAGCAGUGCUGCUGGACAUCCAACGAGACCACUUUUGAGGACAGGGACAAGUGUCCUCUGUGGCAGAAGUGGUCGGAACUGCUGGUGAAUCAGUCAGAGAUAAAGACCAUUUUGAGCGGCUUUAUCAUCAGGGGCUACUUGGGAAAGUGGACCCUGCUAAUCAAGACAGUCACCCUGGUGCUAGUAGUGUCCUCUGGCCUGAGCCUUGGGAAAGAAGGGCCUCUGGUGCAUGUGGCUUGUUGCUGUGGCAACUUCUUCAGCAGCCUUUUUUCCAAGUAUAGCAAAAAUGAGGGCAAGAGGCGUGAGGUCCUUUCAGCUGCAGCUGCUGCUGGUGUCUCUGUGGCAUUCGGUGCUCCCAUUGGGGGUGUGCUGUUCAGUCUGGAGGAGGUCAGUUACUACUUUCCCUUGAAGACCUUGUGGAGGUCAUUUUUUGCAGCUCUGGUGGCAGCCUUCACACUACGAUCCAUCAAUCCCUUUGGGAAUAGCCGCCUGGUUCUCUUUUAUGUGGAAUAUCAUACGCCCUGGUACAUGGCUGAACUGUUCCCCUUCAUCCUGCUUGGAGUCUUUGGGGGUUUGUGGGGAACCCUCUUCACUCGAUGCAACAUCGCCUGGUGCAGGAGGCGCAAAACCACCAGGCUGGGGAAGUACCCGGUGCUGGAGGUCAUUGUGGUGACAGCCAUCACCGCCAUUAUCGCCUAUCCCAACCCCUACACACGCCAGAGCACCAGCGAACUCAUUUCGGAGCUGUUCAAUGACUGUGGGGCCCUUGAGUCUUCCCAGCUCUGUGACUACAUCAACGACCCCAAUAUGACCCGGCCUGUGGAUGACAUUCCAGACCGGCCAGCUGGGGUUGGAGUUUACACAGCCAUGUGGCAGCUGGCUCUGGCCCUGAUCUUCAAAAUCGUCAUUACCAUAUUUACCUUUGGCAUGAAGAUUCCUUCAGGGCUCUUCAUCCCCAGCAUGGCUGUGGGAGCCAUGGCGGGCAGGAUGGUGGGCAUUGGUGUGGAGCAGCUGGCUUACCAUCACCAUGACUGGAUCAUCUUCAGGAACUGGUGUCGGCCUGGGGCAGACUGUGUCACCCCAGGACUUUAUGCAAUGGUGGGGGCUGCAGCCUGUCUAGGUGGAGUGACCAGGAUGACCGUAUCACUGGUGGUCAUCAUGUUUGAAUUAACGGGUGGCCUGGAGUACAUUGUGCCCUUGAUGGCAGCAGCUGUGACCAGCAAGUGGGUAGCUGAUGCCUUUGGGAAAGAGGGCAUCUAUGAGGCCCACAUUCACCUCAAUGGGUACCCAUUUCUCGAUGUGAAGGAUGAGUUCACCCAUCGCACCUUGGCCACGGAUGUGAUGCGGCCCAGGCGGGGAGAACCCCCGCUGUCUGUGCUCACCCAGGACAGCAUGACUGUGGAGGAUGUGGAGACGCUCAUCAAGGAGACAGACUACAACGGCUUUCCUGUGGUGGUCUCCAGAGACUCUGAGCGCCUCAUUGGGUUUGCGCAGAGGAGGGAGCUGAUCCUGGCAAUAAAGAAUGCCAGACAGAGGCAGGAGGGCAUUGUGAGCAAUUCCAUCAUGUACUUUACUGAGGAGCCUCCAGAGCUGCCAGCCAACAGCCCGCACCCCUUGAAGUUGAGGCGCAUCCUGAACCUUAGCCCUUUCACAGUCACGGACCACACCCCCAUGGAGACGGUGGUGGACAUCUUCCGGAAACUGGGGCUCCGCCAGUGCCUCGUGACACGGAGUGGGAGACUUCUUGGCAUCAUCACCAAAAAGGAUGUUCUGAGACACAUGGCCCAGAUGGCAAACCAGGACCCUGAAUCCAUCAUGUUUAAUUAGCAACAAAGUGGCGAUUAUUUUGAAAAAAACAUUGACUAUAUCAUUUUAAAAGAAAUAAACAAAUGAUGCAUUAUGAUACCAGUGACAGAUCAUGCACUGGCAGCAGCAGAAACACUUUGUUUGAAAGGAGGGGAAGAAGGAUGAAACAUUUUUUUUAAAAGCAAAACCAUCAAUGAUAGACAUUUUAUAGCUUUAAUCCCAUACGAGUUUCAAGCUGUGUUUCUUAAUGAGUUUGCUAACUGCUGUGGGGCAUGUGGGUGGGUGUAAAUGAUGUGGUUUAUAUGAUAACAUGGAAAACAAGUGCUGAAUGGAGAAGCUUUGACCCCUUCUGCUCAAGGCUGAUGUUUGUAACUUCAGAACACAGGUGAAACCUUGAGUCCAAAGGACAAAGGGGUACUGGCAUGGCAAUGUCCUUAUUUAUUGAUUCUUGAAAAUUUGCUGCUAUGUUACUGAAUCAUACUAAAGACAGUUGCACUUACUUUGCUGGAAAAGAAAAUGAAAUUAAAGUUCAACAGAGUGAAAGCUGCAAGUCUGCCCCCAUGAGUCUGCUCGUGACUGUCCCAUUUCUUGCUCCUGUUUGCAGCCCAUGUCCCAUUAUUUUUUCUCUAUCAGUUUUGAGCCAACACAUGGAUGCUCACCAUGAUGACCUUGAAGAAACCAUUUUACUAUGUCAGACCAGCAUCUUGGGACUGACCGGCCCUGUAGGCCUGGACUAUGAACUACUGGAGCAUGUUGUGCUGCAUGUUGUUUGCUCUUAUGUGAGAGGCUGCAUCCUUAUGUUGAGGGACAUACACUUGGGUAUUGAUUUACAUCCCCAUUGCAUUUGCUUCACUUACUUAUUGCUGUUGCCUGUGCAUUCUUAAUAAUUGAUCAGUCCAGCACUUUCCAUGGGUCGUGGCCUGUAUGUGCUCUGCUUGCAGCAAGCAUGGUUUAAUUUCCAAGUAGCAUAUGCAGGAGUCAGAGCUGGCUCCCCAGUGUUUCUACUUAUUUUUCCUCUCAGGUUUUUUUAGAUAUGUCUGUGAAGAGGAUGAGGUGUAUGAGUUCUCAGUGGGAACUCCUCCAAGUGGAUUGGAGGAGAAAUGCUAAAUUGAUUCUAAAUCUGUUCCAUUCUCCUCUCUGUAGGAUGCAAAAUAUCCAGCUUUAAUGUCUAGGGGUGCACUUUCAUACUAGCAAUUACAGCACAGAAGGACAGAGUUCAAUUUUGUAUAGCUGAUUUAAGCAUUGGGCCUUUAGUCACACCUAAUGCCACAUUUAUUCUAUUCAUCAGGGCUUCUGUCUUUUCUGCAGGAAAGAGCUAUGCUAUAUUUUAGGCCCAUUCUGUGGUUGGUUCUAUUUACCCUACUUGCUCUUCACUUCAGUCUUUACUCUUCCUUUUCCCCAGAAUCGUCCUCAUCCCUUUCCAUCUCAUUGUUCUUGGAUAUUGAUGUUUGAGGUUUGUGUGCACCUGACUGCAAAUAACAGAAAACUCCCCAAAUAGUGAAGGGCUGAAUAAGAAACCUGGGAGAGAGGCACUCCAGGACUGCCUCCGUAGUAUCAAUAGGCAUCAGAACUCUUAGGCAUUUCUUUCCUACCAUCCUCAUUCUUGGUCUUUGACUUCUUACCUUGUAGUUGCAAGGUGGUUGCCAAACCUCAGAAGAAGAAGAAGAAAGAGGCUGUCAACAAGGUAUAAUGUCUGUAUCAUGAAAGCAGAGGUCUCCCUGACACGUUUGGCUACACCAGUUGGUUAGAAUUCUGUCAUAUGGCUUCCCUUUAACUACAUUCGAGUCUGGGAAGGAAAAGGUUUAGCUAGGUGCAUUACUCUUUGAAAUUUUGAUUCUCAUGAGGAAGAGGGAUUGGUCUUGGGAGGAAAAUAAAUCUGCUGUGUGAAAUCCCAUUGAUGUAACCCUGCCAUUGCCCUUUGUGUCUUCCAUACUCAUUCUUAAUACACUCCUCCCAACAUUCCUCUAAGUGCUUUGUUCUUACCUCUUCUCCCAGAUAAGAUAUCAAACACCUGGUCAGAACCCACCAUCUCUUAGCCCUAAUAAGAAUUUUCAUUUCUCCAGAAACUGAGGUACAAAUGGAUUGCUAAUAAAAAUUCUAGUUGUAGAAAGAUACUCAUUCUCUGGAUUAAAAUGUUUAAGUCAGGUCAUGCUGUCAACCAUAGAAAAUUUGUUUCCAUUAUUAAUUGCUCCCCUCCAGGGUAAUAUCAAAUAGAUACACUGGCAGGGAAAUACCAGUUAAUAGAGAAUUUCAACUUUGGCCGUAGAAGGAAAUUCAUUGUCUCAUUCAAAGCAGAUAAAUAUGAAUCAGUAGAUCUUAACAUUAGUGUUAUUGGGGUUUCCAUUGACCAUGCGCAGUUGGGGCAGAAUUCUCCUGGGCUUUAAAAUCCUAAGGCUUUAAAGUUUCCCUCAUGUAGUUUCCCCCACUCCUAUGUGGCUUGCCUCAGAGCUGACCAGUAAUGGGAAAGAGUACUUAUCAUAGUCUGGCCUCAAUCUUGGAGGCCUCUUAGCUAAAACAGGUAGAUUCACAAAGAACAGAAAACAG